AAAAACCCUAAAAAUAAAGUGAUUCCUUCCGUUUAGCGGACAGCCUCUCUUCAUCUCUCUUAUUCUUCGCGAUCCCUCGGCCUCUCGUGAAUCACUGACUCGUCUCUUCCAGUCUUCCUCUUUGCCCUCGACCACGCCUCAGCUCAAAGUUCGUCUUUCCGCCGGCGACGGAACAAUGGCGGACGAAGUUCAGAAUGAUGUGAAUGAUCAGGUGGCAGAUAUUGCCCCCUUUGAUCCAACUAAGAAGAAGAAGAAGAAGAAGGUUGUACUUCAGGAUCCGACUGAUGAGAGUGUUGACAAGUUAGCAGAGAAAACUGAAAGUUUGUCAGUUUCUGAUGGAUUGGAGGCUGCAACAUUUUCUGGACUUAAAAAGAAGAAGAAGAAACCAGUAGAGGCAAGCUCCUUGAAUGAAGAUGGUGCAGAUGCUACGGAGGAUUUGGAAGAUCAAGCGGGGGAAAAUGAAGAUCGUGAGGGACUGGUUCUACAGUAUCGUUAUCCUUGGGAGGGAACUGAUCGCGAUUAUGAAUACGAGGAGCUUCUUGGACGGGUAUUCAACAUCCUUAGAGAGAAUAAUCCAGAGCUUGCAGGCGAUAGGCGUAGAACAGUUAUGAGGCCUCCUCAAGUUCUACGUGAAGGCACAAAGAAAACUGUUUUUGUCAAUUUCAUGGAUCUAUGUAAAACGAUGCAUCGGCAGCCAGACCAUGUUAUGGCUUUCUUACUAGCUGAACUGGGAACCAGUGGCUCUCUUGAUGGACAGCAGAGACUAGUUGUUAAAGGAAGGUUUGCACCAAAGAACUUUGAAGGAAUUCUGCGUCGAUAUGUCAAUGAAUAUGUGAUUUGCAUUGGGUGCAAGAGUCCAGAUACUAUCCUUUCAAAGGAGAACCGGCUUUUCUUUCUCAGAUGCGAGAAGUGUGGUUCUGGACGAUCAGUUGCUCCAAUUAAAGCUGGGUUUGUUGCUCGUGUUGGCCGGAGGAACACUGGGACAUGAUUUAUGCUUGUUCCCUUAUAUUGAAGCCCGAUGUUUUUUGAGUAGUAAUAAUCUCGUGUUAAAACUUAAGGUUUACUAUGGAAUGACCACAAGUGAAUUUUGAAGUGAAUGCUAUAUUGUAGUUGGGAUUCUAGAAUUUGAGUUAAUGACGAGCUAUGAAAAUUGAGAUCUUUAUUCUCCCUCUAUA